GCCCCGAGACCGGGCCCGCGCUGCUGCAGAGCCGGGACUCGCGGACUGACGCGCCGCCGCCGCCGCGGCUCGGCUUGCCAAGCGCUGUUCCCGGGCCGCCGCUGGAGCCAUGAAGAUGCACUUCUGUAUCCCGGUGUCCCAGCAGCGGCUGGACCCGCUGGGGGGCCGCUACGUGCUGUACUCCGUGUACCUGGACGGCUACCUCUUCUGCAGGGUGCGCUACAGCCGACUGCAUCGUUGGAACGAACAGCUGAGGCGGGUCUUUGGAAAUUGCCUGCCACCUUUUCCACCAAAGUAUUAUCUUGCAAUGACCACAUCCAUGGCUGAUGAGAGGAGGGACCAGUUGGAACAAUAUUUGCAGAAUGUAACCAUGGACCCAGACAUGCUGAGAAGUGAUGUCUUCAUUGACUUUCUAAAACUUGUACAGCUGGACACAUUUAACAUCACUACCAAGACAGCCUCUCUGGAUAUAUUUCUGCCAGAUGGAAGGAAUAUUCCAGUCGAAAUUCUAACAUCAGAUACUGCUGAAAGAGUCCUAGAGGUGGUGUCGCACAGAAUGGGACUGUGUCAGGAGCUCUUGGGCUACUUCGGCCUCUUUCUCAUGCGGUUUUGCAAAGAGGGCAAACUCUCUGUCAUGAAAAAAUUGGUGGACUUUGAACUCCCUUAUGUGAGUCUUCGAAGCGCUGAAGUGGAAAACUGCAAGGUCGGACUCAGGAAGUGGUACAUGGACCCAUCCCUGGACUCCGUGCUGAUGGACUGCCCAGCAGCGGUAGAUUUGAUCUAUAUGCAGGCAGUUCAGGACUUUGAAAAAGAAUGGGCCAAACCCACACAGGCUCAGAGGCAGAAAUUAGAGGCUCUCCAGAAAGAACACAACCAAACCAAGUUUCUGGAGCUGUCCCAAGAGGUCCGGCACUAUGGGUACUUGCAGCUGGAUCCGUGUACCUGUGACUACCCAGAACCAGGCUGUGGGGUCGUCCUCUCUGUUGGCAAUAAUGAGAUCAGCUGCUGCAUAACCCUGCCUGACAACCAGACCCAGGAAAUCAUUUUCCAGAUGAACAGAGUGAAGUGCUGGCAGGUCACUUUCCUUGGAACUCUGCCGAAUAUGGAGGGACCCCAGCAAACUCUCAACCAAAACUUAGAGCUCAGAUUUCAGUUUAGUGGAGACGGUGGCUGGCAGUGGUUUGUUAUUUACACCAAGCAGGCCUUUUUGCUGAGUAGCUGCUUGAAAAAGAUGAUCUCAGAAAAGAUGCUAAAGCUAGCUGAAGAGAAUCCAGAAAUGCAGAUUGAAGUUCCAGAACAAGGCAAAAGUAAAAAAUACCACAUUCAACAAAGCCAGAAAGACUCUUUUCGUUUUCUACCAAGAAAAAGCAAGAUCGAGAUGGCCAAAGCUGAAUGUGUUUUGGGGAUCAUAAAGGAAGAAGAACUUUGAUAGAAACUCACGUUUUUAAAUGUCCUCUAGGGCUGUCUCAACAGUGAAAGAGCUUGGGGACUGAAAGUGGGCUGCUCACCAGCAGUGGAAGAAAUGUGACCCCUUCCCAUUUUCUCUUGACGUUAAGAUGGACCGUAUUCACCAAGGGUACUUCAGAACUCUGUGAAUCUUAAGAUUAAAAAGAAAUAUGAACCAAAGUUAUACAGUUUGCUUUUAAUGACUCAUAAAUGAGAAGUGGCAAAUCCAAAUCAAUUAGUAUGAAGUUCUUUUUUUUUUUUUUUUUUCACUCUAAUAGAUGUUUACCUGGCUUGAUGAAGUCUUCUAUAUGUUCUAAUACUACAUGAAUGAAAGGCUCAGCCUAAAACACUAUAAAUGUACUUGGGGUCAAUUCUGAAGACAUGACUCAUCACCUGCGGAGAAUUUGGCUCUAAGAAAUGGAAUCAUUGAAAAAGAAAUCUGGACUUCACUGAUCCAUCCACAGCACCAAGCAAGGAGGUGAUGAAAUACUAAUUUCUUUCCUUACGUCAUUCUGAGCCUACCAGUAGGGAUAGACUCAAAGUAACAGGCUGCUCUGUGUUCUGUUUCUCCACUGAUGUAAUUGUAUUUUAUCUUUAGAAUGUGAAAUUCAAUUCACUAAUCACAUGCUAUUUUGAAUAUUUUUAUUUUGGAAAGCAAUGGGGCCCUGCACUCAAAAUCAGAUACUAUAAUAAGUCUCUUAGCUUUAAAACCAUGGAUAUUUUUUUCACUAGAUUUUUCCUUAUUUAGUUUCAGUUUAUCAUGAUAAUAAAUGUAAUUAUAUAUGGAAUUAAGACUGCAAUAAGGGAGAGGGACAGAGGAAUCUAUGUAAUGUAAUU